GUCACAACUGCAUCAGGAACCGUCCGUCGAUGGAAAACAGUCGUUGAUCCGCAACUUCAGUCUCAUCUCAUUAGUUAUCCUCCUCCCUUUCGGAUCUGAACAACGAACGAUUCAAACAAGUAAACCGAAGCUCUCGGGAACAGAGAGUCCAUGUCCUUCCUGGUUUCAACAACUUCAGCUCCUCAACUAGAUUACUCUGUUACGCAGUAUAUUCAUCGAUUUUGAGGAUCAACCGAUUAUGGAGAGAGAGGUGGUCGACCUUUUCGAGGCAGCCAAGAAAGCGGCGGCAUCCGCCGCAGUCGAUGGCUUGUCGACGAGCGGGCCGGAGGUGAUGCGAUGUGUUGAUGCGUUGAAACAGCUGAAGGCCUUCCCCAUCACGUAUGAUAUUCUUGUGUCCACACAGGUUGGAAAGCAGCUUCGACCUCUUACUAAGCAUCCCAAGGAUAAGAUCAAAAGUAUAGCUUCGGAAUUGCUUGAGCUGUGGAAAAAAAUAGUCAUUGAUGAGACAGCCAGAAAUAAGAAAAAUGGAACUGAUGGCGAAAACGUAGAUGCUGUAAAAGCUAAUAAGGUUCAGAAGACCAGCAGUGUUAAGAUUGAGAAGUUGUCAACCAAUGAAGCUGUCAAAGUUGAGAGGAUAGGCAAGGAUGAUUCACCAAGGCAUCGAAUUGUCUCAAGGGCAGAAACCAUCAAAGUUGAGAAGAAGACUGCCAAUGGGAAUGCUGUCAUGGAUGAGAAGAUGGACUAUGAAAAGACAGUUAAGGUUGAAAGGAUUCCAAAGGAGGAGAAGCAAGCUUCAAGUGGAAAAGCUCCCCCAAAGCUGACAUCGUUGAUCAAAUGUAAUGAUGCUUUGCGCGAUAAAGUUCGAGAACUUCUUGUUGAGGCAUUGUCCAAAGUUGCCAGUGAAGCUGAUGAGUACAUGAAGGAUGAAGUAAAUGCAUGUGAUCCAAUUCGAGUUGCUGUUUCAGUAGAAUCUGCUAUGUUUGAGAAGUUAGGUCGAUCGAAUGGGUCUCAGAAAUUCAAGUACAGAUCUAUAAUGUUCAACAUCAAGGAUCCAAACAACCCAGAUUUGAGGAGAAAAGUGCUUGUUGGGCAUGUCAAGCCAGAGAGGUUGAUCACCAUGACCCCAGAUGAGAUGGCAAGUGAUCAAAGGAAGCGUGAGAAUGACCAAAUCAAGGAGAAAGCUUUGUUUGAUUGCCAGCUUGGCGGCCAACCAAAGGCAACAACAGACCAGUUUAGAUGUGGUCGUUGUGGUCAGCGCAAGUGCACCUACUAUCAAAUGCAGACUAGAAGUGCAGAUGAACCUAUGACAACCUAUGUCACAUGUGUAAACUGCAACCACCACUGGAAAUUCUGCUAGUGUGGCUUAAUGUUUUCUUGCCAUCAAGCGGAACGGAUAAUCCAUGCAGUGCCACCUUAUUUAUCAUGAUUAUCCUUUGAGUUGGUGGUCAGUCUAGAGGUAAUCCAUAAUCCAUUUCAUUGGCAUGUAGUUGAUGUAGUAGUAGCAAUAUUUCGGCCUAGUUUUUCUUUCUGUGGAAUUUUUGUUUGGCAGCAUUAUCAGAAACAUUCUUGUUUAAACUAGCAGUAUUGUUUUUAUUUUGAUUGUAUUCCUUCUGUUAGGUCUUCUAAUGUGAGAUGCUGAUCUUAUGUAAAAUUCCUUCAUACUCUGAGACUUUGAACAAAGACAUUGCGCCUGUUGUCUUUGUUUGUGUGA